AUGGGUGUCACGUUAGCCGUCUUUCCCGUCUCCGGCACGUUACCUGUUGGCAACAAGUUAGCCGUCUUUCCCGUCUCCGGCACGUUACCUGUUGGCAACAAGUUAGCCGUCUUUCCCGUCUCCGGCACGUUACCUGUUGGCAACAAGUUAGCCGUCUUUCCCGUCUCCGGCACGUUACCUGUUGGCAACAAGUUAACCAUCUUUUCCGUCUCCGGCACAUUACCUGUUGGCAACAAGUUAGCCGUCUUUUCCGUCUCCGGCACAUUACCUGUUGGCAACAAGUUAACCAUCUUUUCCGUCUCCGGCACAUUACCUGUUGGCAACAAGUUAGCCGUCUUUUCCGUCUCCGGCACGUUACCUGUUGGCAACAAGUUAGCCGUCUUUCCCGUCUCCGGCACGUUACCUGUUGGCAACAAGUUAACCGACUUUUCCGUCUCCGGCAUGUUACCUGUUGGCAACAAGUUAGCCGUCUUUCCCGUCUCCGGCACGUUACUUUGUAGUGUUGAGCUAAUUGGUGUUGUGUUGCAGGCGGGAGUGUUGUGGUGGGAGGGCUGGUGGAGCAGCCUCUGGCGAGCAGACUUCUGGUUGCCUCCUGGUAUCACCUGGGACCAUCUUCGCAACACCCAUCAUUUUACCUUCCCUGAUUUUUACGAUGUCUGGAUUUAUCCCUUGUUGUUCAGUUUGGUUUUCAUUGUUUUGCGAUACUUUCUUCUGGAGCCCUGGGUGUUCUGUCCCCUGGCUAGGGCUGCUGGCAUCAGCAGUCGACGGGGAGCACCACCAGCACCCAACAGCGUACUAGAGGAGGUGUACCGACAGCACCGCGGGACGGUACCUACUAUGGUAAUAAAGGAGGUAUGUGAGGCUGGGCAAAUGUCACAGCGGCAGGUAGAGCGUUGGCUGCGGCGCAGACACACCAUCACACGCUGCACUAAGUAUGAUAAGUUCUUGGACUGUGCUUAUGAUUUUCUGUGUCAUCUGUCUUUCUGCAUGUUGGGUCUCUCCAUCAUGUACAGUAAGCCGUGGCUGUGGAACAUCACUCUUUGUUGGCAAGAUUACCCUCACCACAGCCUCACUAGCGACGUCUGGUGGUACUACGUGCUGUGUCUGGGUUAUUACUGGUCGGUAACCUUUAUUCAUUUGCCCAAGCCAAGCAUUAAAAUGUCUGCUCGUAUACAGAUGCUGUUGCACCACAUAUUCACCAUCUUACUUAUGGUAUUCUCAUGGACGUGCAACUUCGUGCGGGUGGGCAGCGUGGUACUGGUAGUGCACGAGUGUGCCGACGUGCCGCUACUGGCCGCCAAGCUCUGCAAACAUGCGGGCCUGGAUGCCCUCACUGACGCCCUCUUUAGUGUAUUCUUACUAUUAUGGCUUUUCACCCGCUGUUACAUGUACCCGUUCUGGGUGAUGCGCAGCGUGUUUUUUGAGGCCACCACCUACAUGUUCAUGCCUUCCGCGUACCUCUUCAUGGGUCUCUUGACAGGGCUGCUGGUGCUCAACGUGGUGUGGACGGUGCUCAUCUUGGCCAUAGCAGUGCGCAAGCUGCGGGCAGGUGGCUCUCUCCAGGACUACCGCUCAUCUGCUCAAGAAACUUCCAGCAGCGAUACAAACUCCAGCACCAACAACCUUAAUAAGACAGAUUGAUGAAGAAAUAAAAUAAUGAGUGUUUAAACAUGAGGAAUAUAGUGUUAAGUAGAAUUUAAGACAAAGUGAAUGGUGUGCGAACAGUGUCUUGUUACUUUAGUAUUGUUGUGUUGUCUUAGUAUUCUGUUGCUAACAUUGCUAUGUUAUUCUAGUGUUCUGUUAACAUUGUUAGUCUAGUGUCUGUUAACAUUAUUAUCUUAGUAUUCUGUUAACGUUGUUAUCCUAAUGUUCUGUUAACGUUGUUUUCGUAUUAGCAUUGUUGUCUUACCAUUGUAGUGUUACAUUAAUGAGGUGUUUUUGCAUUAGUGUUCUUUUGUCACCUUAAUGUUGUGUUAUUUUACCACUGUUCCACGUAUUAAACUUAAUGUGUGUCUCGGUUAAAAUGUGUAAAAGGCUCAUUAAUGCUAUUUAGCUGGCGCUGUUAGAUUAGGCUUUGUAAGGCUUUAUUUUUUAAAUAAUUCUUAUUGAAUUCUAUUAAGCAUUUAAGUUAGCUUUUAGCAACAUUAAAAGUUAGUUGGUCUAGCCUAGUAAGGUUGACCAGGUAAAAGACGUUCCCACUAACAAUGUGGACUAUUGCGUAUCCAUGAUGACAGUCACUCGCAGUAGGCUUUAAAUGGGGAUUUAUGUAGAUUCAUUAGACAAUCUGCAAUGUGUGUAGGCUAGAAGCUAACCUACACAUAAUACGUACACAUAAUCUGCAGUGUAAGGUUAACCUGCACACAAUGCGUGCACAGUCUGCAAGGCUGGAGGCACUCCUACACACAAGAUGUACACACAAUCUGCCUGGUGUAUAGACAAGUGGCUAACCCACAUACAGUACACACCAGAGAAAAGAAUCACUUUUUUUUUCUCUCAUACACUGUUUAAGUAAUAUAAUUCAUUACCCUGUUUACAAUGAAAGCACUUUUCUAUUACGAUGGCCAGGGAAUUUUCUUCGGCAGUUAACCAUUAUAACUUAGACUCCGCAUACUCAACUGCAAUAAUAAUAAUAAUAAUAAUAAUAAUAAUAAUAAUAAUUUAUGUUAAGCGCUAAAUCCAUGGGGAUCAUUCAGCGCAUGACGUGGAGACUUGAUCCUCCGUCUGCUGAGCGCCAGACAGACGCGCUUCCUAUUUGUACUCACCUAGUUUAGUGUUCCCAGUUUGUGUAAAUUUCCCACAAAUUUGUGGGAGAAUGGCCUCACAUGUGGGAUUACAUAUAUACCAAAUUUGUGGAGUUUAACAUCUUAUACGAUGUUGUAAGGAUACUUUAUCUCAUGCGUGACUUUUGAGGUGGGAAAAAACCUCACAGCCUAGUCGGUUUCAGCGGAUAUUUUCACUAAGCAACACAUAUUUCAUGUUAAUUAAAUAAGGGUAUAAGUGAAUUAUAUGCCAAAAACGAGGUUUAGUACUUUGAGGGAACUCGUCUGUGACGCUCCGUCCCAAAAAUGACUCCUCCCUGUCCAGCUGCUGCUAGUCUCCACCUGCUGAGCCUACUCCAGUCACUCGACUCUACUCUUACAACUUGUCACUUCGUAGAGACCGGACGUUAUGAGUGAUAAAAAAUACAGCCAAGACAGAAUGUUAAUACCACUGAACUCUCAGAUCUUGUUGACAUAUACCGUAAUCUGAUUGAUACAGAUAGUGUCGAACCAGGCUACGUGUCUGUUCAGAAGAAAUUCUACCUAACGUAAGAAAUGAUAUUUAUAUCCCGACACGUAAUAUCAGAUUCAUUAACCUUGGCUCAUUUAAUUACCUGCGCAAAUGCUUGUCUUUUGAACAAUGCAAUAGUUAGUUAUAUCAAGUAACGUUGUGAAAGUAUCGUGCAACAAUUAUUAAGUCUAAGUACAGUUGCCACUGCCUCGUAAUGUUGACUUACUCGCCAUGGGUUCAAAUCCCGUGAAUUGUUGAAACGCUUUUUGUGUUAAAAUUACAUCCGACUAAUGCUAUUUCUUAAGGCAAAUAAGUCUCCAUUUUUAGACAUGGACGACUUCAAAAUGAGUGGAAUGUUGUUAAUCUUGAUCAGUGGCCGAAAUUAUGUUGGGACGAUAGUCUCUCCUUAUAGGCUGAGGUAAAUGAGAAUCAACAUUCUGCAGAACGAAAGGACCCAAAUACGUAUGUCAUCUCUGGCAUUAGCAUUAUUUUCCCUUCCCUUUUCUAAUGCUAGACGAGAGAAUAUUUUCACAGAUGAAUGUGGUUCACUUUAAAUUGAGGAAUAGCUUAAGUGUACGGUCAUUUGAGGCAGUACUUCAGAUAAGGUAUGGAGUAUCACUUCAGGGAAUAUCAUGCGUGAAUUUCAUACCUUCUGAAGAUAUGCUGAAAAAAACUUGACUGCUAAGGGAAGUAGUGAGGUUAAAGGAGAAAAUACAGAUGAACAGCAAAGAAUUGUCACACUUGAACUGAUAAGCAUCCUCAAGGUAUGAGGAUGCUUAUCAUUUACCGAUUACUUUAACAAUGAAGUCAUUCCCCAUAAUCUUACCGGCGAUACCCACAGCAUGCAACCAUAGCUUAUGUUACCAUCUGUGUUCCCAUUUUACUUGUAAUGUUUUGUUUACUUAUGCCACUGUAGACUGUUACUGUAGCAUGUUGGAGCUUGUUACAUUUUACUCAUGGUUUAUGGUAGUUUAAAUUUUAUGUCUUCAAACAAUUUACCUUUGCUUUACUUCUGAAAUCUUGUGAUAAUAAAUUUAAACUAAAUACUGUGAUUGUUAUUAUGUAUAAUUUUAAUUUUUUUGUGGGAAAGUUUGUGGGGUUUAAUACAUAUUUUGGGAUGGGGAUUUUGUGGCGAAAAUCUCACUCAUUAGUGGGAAUUGUCCGAGAUCGAUGUGGCAACACUGACUCCGAACCUCAUGCCACUCAGACAAUGGCUAAGCCACAGAGG